CAUUUCUCCAAUUGUUGGCGCAAUAUUGCUGACAUUGCUGGGCAGCGCUGCUUCCAUUCCCUGCAUGAGAACGAAGACUGGUCAGAGAACAGGAAAGCCCUUCAACUUCAAGUUGCUGCUGUAGACAAGUGUCCAUAAAUAGCAGCCUUGCUCCAUCUGCUGGCCAAGCGAACCUAUUCUAGUGGUGCAACCACAAACAAGCAAGCAAGCAACAAAAGUUGCCUAUCUGCGGUUGUCACCAAUGGCGGCAGCUUUUCGCAGGCUACUUGUGGUUGCCAAGCGGAGCGCCUAUGAGGUGUAUGUUGGGAUGCACGGCGACGCGCACCUUAAGGCGCUCCUGCAGGAGAAGAGUCAGGUGGUUCACAACCUCUUAGACCGCCACACUGUUCACCAGAAGACGCUGCAAGAGUGUGAGGCGCUGCUGACAAAGUGGAAGGUACCAUACGACAUUGUGCAGAGAGACUGCCUGCCUGAAAAGAUCGAAGAUGUGGACUUGGUUCUUACCAUCGGAGGGGAUGGCACGCUUUUGGAGACAUCCCACCACUUGGACGAGCGGAUACCCGUCCUGGGGGUCAAUAGCGACCCCACAAGCCAAGAGGAGGUAGAUGCGAACCUGGGCGAGUACGAUGCCAGCCGCAGUACAGGCCACCUCUGCGCGGCAACAGCGUCGUCUCUGGAGGAGGUCCUAACGGACGUAUUUGAAGAACGGCACCGUCCGGUGAAUGUCCGGCGGAUCAAGCUGAGCGUCGACGGGCGCGAGUUUCCGAUCCCUGCUCUGAAUGACGUCCUCGCAGCGCAUCCAAACCCAGCGGCCGUCACCCGGUGUUCUUUCUGGGUCGAAGGCGCUCCCUCCUGCUCGACCUCCUCUGCUAGCCCCACGGUUUAUUGUCGAUCCAGCGGCCUGCGCGUCUGCACUGCCAUCGGUUCGACGGGCGCCAUGAAAUCCGCCGGGGGCUUUGUAAUGCACCCCCUCGCCACCGCGCUUCAAUACCAGAUCAGGGAACCAAUCGAACCGCACAGUUCCCAACGGGGCCUUAUGCACGGGUCGAUACUCGACGGGGACAGUCUGAAGGUUCGAUGGGGCACACGGCAGGGGAAGGCGUAUAUAGACGGGUCCCAUUUGCAGGUAGAUCUGAAGCUCGGGGAAGAGCUGACGUUUUCAAAUGGUGCGCCGCAGCUGCAGUGGUUCCGGCCGAAGGAUAACGCACGGACUUGAGGCUGUGCCUGAAGAUAAGAAUGGCAUGACUCAGCUGGUUGUACACAUGUACCCGACGGUCGGACAGCUUCAUGUUCUGUGACCCUGGCGCACGUACGAUGAGUCUUUCAGCACUGCACGAUGGAGCCUGGUACAUUACGGCCUGAUUGGUGGAC